AUGGCUACCAGUCGCAAGGUCGCCUCGAAGCACGCAAAGUCCAAGGACGCGCAACCAGCGCAACCACCUACUCGCACCGCAAGUGGUCGACAGCGACGGCCGACCGAAAAAGAGAAUUACCGCGUCUCUGAGUCUCAGCACGUCACCCAUCGCCAAGAAAACAAGGAAAAGAAGUUAGAUAAACAGAAGAAAAAAGCACUGAGGGCUGCUUACGAAGCCAAUCCUGAUGGCUUCGAGCAAGAGCCGUCCGAGCUGCAUAGCGACAUUGAUAGGGAAGAAGAAACUAUGUUCUCAGAUCGCGAUAUGCCAUCCAAACUGUCCCGGUUCAAGCCCAAGGUCCUGACAUGCAGUUCUGGUAAAAUACCCCCGGUGUUGCACAACGCUAGUGCCACCCACAAGGCUACUACUGAUAGGGAAGAAGAAACUAUGUUCUCAGAUCGCGAUAUGCCGUCCAAACUGUCCCGGUUCAAGCCCAAGGUCCUGACAUUCAGUUCUGGUAAAAUACCCCCGGUGUUGCACAACGCUAGUGCCACCCACAAGGCUACUACCACAGCUCCGACUCCGAGUCCAAGUGCCAGUGAUGACUCGGAUGAGUCAACAGACUGUGGCUCAGACUCUCGACCUGAAGACCGCACUGAUGACGAGGACAACAACGACAUCGCUGAAGAGCUAUCGCCAAUAGCUCGAGGGUCCAAGUGUCCACUUGACGUGACUUCGGACGAUGCCAUGGUACUGCCGAAGAUUAAGAAAAAUCCUGAUGGCUCACGCCAUCGCAUGAAAGCCAGCGACUUCGAUGAUGUGUCCAAGGAGAUUCUUGUGACGGCAAUCUCUAUUUUCCGGUGUAUGGUAGUCACCCAGGCGCCAUUUCCCGACAACAUUGCUGUCGAGACCACGUUGGCAAAAGCAGCCUGGCACGAGGCGUGUCAAAUCAAAGGCCUCAAUGUCAAACUGACACCUGCAGGUGUCAAAAUGCUAUUGACCCGCACAUCACAAGUUCGCGGGGAACUCAAAACGAAAAUGCGUUCACUGACGGCAUCUUUUUUCGGUUUCCGGACGAGCAAUUCCAACACUGUGAUAAGACAGAAUAGGGAUCUGGCAGAGUAUUUGAAAGUCGAAUCUGUGUUUGCUUUCAAGGAUUGGGAAUCGAAGAAGGGAAUCUACAAGACGGAGUUACUGCAACUGGGUAUCAAUGUCAUGUGGUUUGCGAAUCGACACGACGAGGGUGUCAUCCACCAUAAAUAUUUUAAUCCUAUGCCCGUCGAAGUUAUCGCUCUUGUGCUUACAACUAUUGAAUGUUGUAUCGACGAAUGGGUACAAGGUCUGAAGGAGGAUGUUAAAUUUACAUCGGCUACUUAUGGAACUGUCUACCAUGGUCAUUUCGGCUCAUUGCAGCGCUUCGAUGAGCGCACGGCGCCUUACAAACUCCUCGAAAGAAUUCGUGUCAAUCUGCACGACACGGCUCGUUUCCAUGCAGGCGUUGACAGCCUUACUAUCUCGUCAUCUGCAUCCCGGAUCAGUGACACCGCGUUCGAAGAUGCCAUCCAAGAGUACCGACUUGAGGAGCAGCAUGAUGCGGAGGCUAGGGAGUUAAGGGACUUGACUACCGAGCUACACGAGAUCAUUGGUGGCCUUCGGAGGCAUCAAAUCCCCAUUGUCUCGUAUGCGUGUGAUGGCACCAAGGUCGAACGUGCUGUCCAGCGUAUUGUUGUGCGAGAUGCAGAUAGUGUCAUCGUCUAUGGGAUCGAGAGUCCAUUUGCUGGCAUGAGCGCAAUAAGGCUGGAGAUUCCUGUACACCAUGGACAGGCCUUGGUUAAUAUCCAAGACCCGAAGCACGGCUUAAAAACGUUUCGCAACAAUCUCUUUUCUGGCGCUCGUCUACUCAUCCUCGGCAACUACACAGCUCUCUUCGCUCACAUACGUGCCAUGGCCUUUGAAGACGGGACACCAUUGUAUCAUCGGGAUGUCGAGAAGCUAGACCGCCAAGACGACAAUGCUGCUGCGAGGCUUUUUUCAUCAGCGACCCUAAAGUUCCUUGUUGAGCACCACCCUGACCAUGUUGGAGAGAUAGUUUUUCUUUUCAUCCAUGGGGAGAUUGUUGACGCCUAUCAGCAUCGGAGCAUCUCUCAUUGCGAGCGAGUCAAAAUGGUGCUUCGAGCACGCUAUUUUUAUGACGGCUGGCGACUUUAUCUGGCCAAAAUCGGCUACAAAGAAAACAAGUACUUCAUGUCACGCGAGUCGACCGACAUUGUCAUGAGGCUCAUUGAUGGUUUAAUUUCGCUCGUCAUCGUCUAUCAUGACUACCUCCCCGAUGACCACCCUCUCCUUCCUUGGCUUCAUACCAGUGAACCCUGCGAGCACUCCUUUGCCAACCUCCGGAACAUCAAGAAGGAUUUUGUCAUGCUCGAUGCCUAUUAUGCCAUUCCGAAGCUUCAUGCCAAGCUGCAAGAAGAAGUCCUACGGCAACGAUCGCCCAAUUUCAAGGCUCGUGCUCAAGGUUACACGAUAACUUACUUUUACGAUCACACUGUUGACAUUCCUGAACUGUCACAAUAUCCCUCUGACACAGAUAUACAGGAAGCUUCACAAGAUGCAGCACACGAGGCACAGAGCUUAUUGGCGUUAUGUGGCAUCAGCCCCGGCCUUCUCAUGCAAACACAAUCAAUUGUGUUGCCAAGUAUUGUUCACUUCGAUGGUGGAAUGGAUAUUAGCGACUCGGAUAACGGGGGUGAUGAAUCCGAGAAUGAAUCUGUUGUUGACCGCGAUGCAGAUGCCGAGGAGCAAUGCGAAGCUCAGUUACUCGACACACUAAUGAAACUCGCCGAAGACGAUGACAUCUCCCGUACCGAGAAACAACGGAACAAGCUCCUUCAAUUAACAUUCGCUGCAAUUGCCCUAGAUACUGACGAGCAACAGUGCAUACGUAAAUUUGCUGAAGACGAAGACGAAGACGACACCGAGAUUUGUGCGCAUGAAUUCGCUCAAAUCGAGCACUGCUUGUCACUUCCCGCCGUGCGCCUUGCCGAUAACUUGAGCAAGCCUAUGGGUCUCGGUACUUUUCCUAUUCAAGCCCUCGAUAUUGAUGCUCUUGUGAGGAUUCGGAGCAAUCACGAGACUGAACAAGCUAAAAAGGGUAUACGCACGGGUCGUGCCCAACUGAAUGACAUAGCGGGGAACGUGCUAUCAGAACGGCGGCGUUUGAUACGCGAGUUCCAGGUGGUUCUCAAGGAACAGCAAGGUCGUGCGAUUGGUACCGGUCUAGAACGUGCUGCACGUUGGACAGAACAAGUUCCACAGGCAGGUAAUUCUGCUAACGCCGCUAAUGCAGCGAAGGCGGUGGUGAAAAGGGCAAUGCUGCGCAGGAAAAGUGUCUUCAAAACGGCAAGACUGCCUCUACUUGCCAUUCUUAACGACGCUCGUAUCACUUUACUUCGCCCACUCAAAGAUGGCGACUUCGGCAUUGUAUUCACGGAGCAAUGGGGACUACGUGUUGGACGCGUCGUUGCAAUAUACUCAAAAGGUGGCGGAAAGAAUGGCAAGCACGGCGCUGUUGAAAGCGUGGAUGCUAUUGCUGCAAUCUCGUACUUGGGGGUUCAGCUCUACCAACAACAUUUCCGCCAGUACUUCCGCUCCCUGCCCGAUGCGACCUCCAUAUUUCAGUGCCGUCAAUUUGCGUUCCUUCCAUCCACUGCCUUUCUUUGCCUUCUCACUUCUGCACCUAAGGUGACACCUUCGGGACUUGAACUUGUACCAGCUGACGUCUCCGCAUUCGAAACGCUACAUCACGCAUCUCCUCGACUUACCGAAGCAGCAAAACUUUUCCGCAAGCGAGUAGUAAAUCAGACGGUCUUGCAAGGGGAUCAUGAUGAGGGGGAGGAGGAAUACUAGUAUUUCCGUGUUUCCCUAGCUGCGCUACAUGAUCCUAGCUACUCCAACAUGCAAAAAACGCGUUUUUGAAAAAUUUU